AUGUCUUCGCAACAGCUGCCCCAACUCAACAUCGAUCGCUAUGUCGUGAUCCAUGUUGCGACCACCUGUGACGAGCACGGCGUUUAUGUGACAAAGGACUCGGCCGAGGUGAUUGAGCUUGGUUGGAUCUUGCUCGACGCAAACUCGCUCGAGGAGAUCACCCACGAGAGUGUCCUUGUCAAGCCAGUCAACACUCCCAUCACUCCUCUCUGCACGAGCCUGACCACUUUGACUUGGGAGCAUGUUCGAAACGCUGGUACCUUUAGAGACGCUAUCACCCGAUUCGACACAUUUGCUACCGAGUACUUGACCUCCAAGAACCUCGACUUCGUCUUCGUCACACUCGAUGCUUGGGACCUCCGUGUCCAGCUUCCUCGCGAAGCCCGCGACAAGGCCGUCGUGCUGCCUCCCUACCUCCAGCACUCGCGAACCUUCGAUCUCCGCACCGAGUACCAGCGCUGGCAGCAGCACCACCCCGAGUCCCUGCCCUUUGGACCAUCAAUGCUCUCCAACAUCUGCGCCGCUCUCGAGGUCGAGCCCGUCCAGUCGAGUGCUCCCAUCAAGCACAACCUCCCCUUCCACCUGCAGGCGCUUGCCCCAGCUUCGCCUCGGCGUGCGAUGGAGGAGGCUAUUACCCUCGCCCGUGUCCUCCGGGGCUUGAUUAGAAAGUCACAGCCUCCCCAGGAACACCCCGAUGUGCUGACACGACCUAUGGAUGCCCGAGCUGACGUCCGAGCCUUCCUCUCAGAGAGGAGCAAGGUUCUUCACAUGUCGGGUCUCCCCCACGACACGACUCAGUCGGAGCUUGAGAGCUGGUUCACCCAGUUUGGUGGCCGGCCCAUCGCCUUCUGGACCCUUCGAACUCCCGAGCAGCACAAGCCCACCGGUACCGGUUUUGCUGUCUUUUCUUCCCACGAGGAGGCUGCCGAGAGCCUUUGCAUGAAUGGCCGUGCCCUUAAUGAGAAGGCCAUUGAAGUCUCGCCCUCGUCUAGCCGUGUCCUCGACCGCGCUCAGGAUAUCCUGACUCCAUUCCCUCCCAGCAAGAACCGCCCUCGACCCGGUGACUGGACCUGCCCCUCUUGCGGCUUCUCCAACUUCCAGCGCCGAACCGCUUGCUUCCGAUGCUCGUUCCCCGCCGUCGGCGCCGGCCCCUCGAACGAUAUGGGUGGUGGCAACUACGGAGGAUACGGUUAUGGCCCACCUGCUAUGAUGCCCCCUCCUCCCCACGGCGGCCACCACGGUCCCAUGGGCCACGGUGGCGGACGCAUGGGUGGCAGCGGUGUUGUGCCAUUCCGUGCCGGUGAUUGGAAGUGCGGCAAUGAGGUAUGUGGCUACCACAACUUCGCCAAGAACGUCUGUUGUCUGCGUUGCGGUGCCAGCCGCGCGGGUGCUGCUGUCGUUGCCGACUCUGGCUACCCUUCUCCCAUGGACAAUGCUUCACAGUACGGCAUGAACCAGGGUUCCAUGGGCGGUGCUCCUGGACCUGGACCUUUCGCUUCUGGCAGCUCGUUCGGCUCUGGCGGUGGUUACAACCAGCACUUUGGUGGCCCUCCCAGCCACUAUCUUCCCUCCGGCCUGGGCGGUGGUGCUGCGGCUUACCCAAGCUCCCUGAACACACACGGCUUCGGCUCCGGCCCUGGUUCCCACUCGGCCGGCCCCUUUGAUAGCAGAGCUGCCGAGGCUGCUUUCCAGUCGGCCACCAACGGCCCUGCGUCGGCCGGACCGUCCAACAACUUCUAUAACAACAACGCCAACAACAGCGGCGGUAACAACGAGAACGACCCCUUCGCGUUCCUUUCGAGCGGCAUCGGUGGUCUGUCUGUCAGCGGCGGAGAUGCUCGCCAGAAUGGUGGCUCGGCGCCUCCCAACAAGUCGCCCGCUUAA